UCCUCAACGUGUGACUUAAAAGAUCCAGCUAUCGAAAAACAUGGAAUUUCUCACGGGUGGCACUGAACGCGUUUCUUUAUUGCCUGUUUUUAUUUUGUCAGUGUAGCGUACAUGUCCGAUAUCUUUGUCGCCACUGCUGAGGGAAACGCUUGGCGUUUAUACUGAUAGCUGAAAACAGAUUGUCCCGUGUUACCCACUGAAUCGAACUGCGGAAGAUUGUUUAUUUCAGUCGCCGUUUAUACGUUUCAUACGAUACAAUAUUUCUUCAUUUAGCCGAAUAUGUAGAUUAUUGCAGGCUUUAUGGAAACAUUGGCCUGAAAAUGAGAUAUCGCGUAUUAGUUAUUCAUUUUAACAUGCCUUUAAAAUUUUGUGAAAAUUAACUUGGGAUGUCAGAAUUUCCCUCACCGCCAGAAUAAUUUUUUCCCGAUACUUUAUUUUUGUACGUUUUCUUUUUUCGGACUGCUUCGCAGCUCAAUCUGGAAGAUACGAGGUUAUUAAUUUUUAAUCUUUAUGCAUCCUCACGAAGAAGGGAGAAGAAAGGAGAAAACGACACAUAACCAGAAGGAAAGACUGAUCUAGCGAGACGAGACGAAGAAUGAAUGAGAUUCACUGAGGAACCGAGGAAGGAGAUUGGAGGAAUCAAGGUUGUUCCUUGAAAAGAGGGAGCGUGAGGGGAGCAGUGUCCCCCUCCUCCCAUCCCUGACACCCCAGCGAAACAGAAACACACCCUGUGACCUGGCCCAAACAUGGCUCUGUCAGUCUGGAUUCUGUGCACGUGUGUCAUCACUCUCUGCAACAUCACCCCCUCUGCCCAAGCUUUGAGUCGCUCGGCGAUGCCUUUCGGGCUGAUGCGGAGGGAGCUGGCGUGCGAAGGUUACCCCAUCGAGCUGCGAUGCCCCGGCAGUGACGUCAUCAUGAUCGAGACGGCCAACUACGGCCGCACGGAUGACAAGAUCUGUGACGCUGACCCUUUUCAGAUGGAGAAUGUGCAGUGUUACCUGCCCGAUGCCUUCAAAAUUAUGUCACAGAGGUGUAAUAACCGUACCCAGUGCGUGGUCGUAGCAGGGUCAGACGUGUUCCCUGACCCGUGCCCGGGAACCUACAAGUACCUGGAGAUCCAGUAUGAGUGUGUACCCUACAUCUUUGUGUGUCCUGGGACCCUGCUGAGGGUGCAGGCAGCCAGCUCUCUGCAGGAAGCAGAACAUCAGUCAGGGGCGUGGUGUAAAGACCCCCUACAGUCUGGGGACCGUCUCUAUGUCAUGCCCUGGACCCCCUAUCGCACUGACAUGCUGUACGAAUACGCUUCAUGGGACGACUUCAAACAGAACCGAGCCACCACCACCUAUAAACUGCCGAACCGUGUGGACGGGACGGGUUUCGUAGUGUACGACGGCGCUGUAUUCUACAACAAAGAGCGCACGCGCAAUAUAGUCAAAUACGACCUGCGCACUCGCAUCAAAAGCGGCGAGGCUAUCAUCGCUAACGCAAAUUACCAUGACACAUCGCCCUACCGUUGGGGCGGCAAGUCUGACAUCGACCUGGCUGUGGACGAGAACGGCUUGUGGGUCAUUUACGCCACUGAAGCCAACAACGGCCGACUGGUGGUCAGCCAGGUAAACCCAUACACGCUGCGGUUUGAGGGCACCUGGGAAACCAGUUUUGACAAACGGUUGGCGUCCAAUGCCUUUAUGGCAUGCGGCGUUCUCUACGCAGUGCGCUCCGUCUACCAAGACGACGACAGUGAAGCGGGUGGAGACUUGGUGCUUUAUGCCUACAACACCAACCGUGCCCGCGAAGAACCUGUUCAUAUCCCCUUCCCUAAUCCUUACCAAUACAUCUCCUCCGUCGACUACAACCCCCGCGACAACCAGCUCUACGUAUGGAACAAUUACAACGUCUUACGUUACCCGCUGGAAUUCGGCCCUCCGGAUCCCACUACGGGGCCUCUUGCUACAACUCAAAUAUCCAGCACCACUCCGGCUAGACCGUUCACCUCCAGUACCAGUCCCUCCACCUCGCGUCCCCUGCCCCCCACGUCUCACCCCAUAGGGGCCAUCAAUAAGGCCCCCGACCUAAGACCCAUCACCGCUACUGUGCCAGUCACCCGACGGCCGCCGCGGCCACCCCAGGGCCCUGAGGUUUUGGUUUGUGAAGCCAGAGUGGCACGGGGAGUCCAGUGGCCGUCCACCCAACGGGGAGAGACCGUGGACAGGCCCUGUCCAAAAGGCUCACUGGGUAUCGCCUCCUUCCAGUGCUUGGUCUCUCCGGUCAUGUGGAGCCCACGUGGACCUGACCUCAGUAACUGCACCUCCCCAUGGGUCAACCAGGUGGCCCAGAAGAUAAAGAGUGGGGAGAACGCAGCACACAUUGCGGGGGAACUGGUGAACCACACGCGCGGCCGUAUCCAUGCAGGAGAUGUCAGCUCCUCUGUCAGACUGAUUGAACAGUUACUGGAUAUUCUGGACGCUCAGCUCCAGGCCCUGCGUCCUGGCAACAAGGAAUCAGCUGCCCGCAACUACAACAAGCUGCAGAAGAGGGAGAAGACAUGUCGUGCCUAUAUUCAGGCGGUUGUUCAGACGGUGGAUAAUCUACUGCGUCCUGAGGCAUUGGAGUCUUGGCAGGACAUGAACAGCACAGAGCAGGCCCACACUGCCACCAUGUUACUGGACGUGAUGGAGAAAGGCGCCUUCCUGCUAGCCAACAACAUGUACGCCAGCCGCUUCUCAGACCACGCCGCCAACAUCGAUCUGGAGGUACAUGUGUUGAACACAGAAAUGGACCUGCAGGACUUGUCUUUCCCUCAGAACAGCCCAAGUGACAGCAGCAUCCAACUCUCAGCAACCACUGUCAAACAGUACAGCCGAAACGGUCAGGUAAAGGUAGUCUUUGUGUUAUAUAAAAACCUGGGCCCUUUUCUUUCCACUGAAAAUGCUACUGUCAAAAUGGAGGUGGAGCCAGGGCCUGGGGGGCGGAGCCUUGCUGUAAACUCUCAUGUUAUUGCCGCCUCUAUCAACAAAGAGUCAAGUCGAGUAUUUUUGACCGAACCAGUGGUUUUCACUCUGAGACAUUUACAGCUGGAGAAUCACUUCAGUCCAAACUGUUCGUUCUGGAACUAUUCUGAGCGCUCUAUGACAGGCCAGUGGUCAUCUCAAGGCUGUCGACUGCUGGAUACCAACAGCACACACACCACCUGCUCCUGUAGUCACCUCACCAACUUCGCUGUGCUUAUGGUGCAUCAUGAGCCUGAUUAUCCGGGCAGGAUGCAUGAGCUGAUCUUGUUUGUGAUCACAUGGGUGGGAAUUGUCAUCUCUCUGGUGUGUUUAGCCAUCUGCAUCUCCACCUUCUGCUUCCUGCGAGGCCUUCAGACCGACCGCAACACCAUACACAAGAACCUCUGCAUCAACCUCUUCAUCGCAGAACUCCUCUUCCUCAUCGGCAUCGACAAAACACAGUACCACAUUGCUUGUCCCAUCUUUGCUGGCUUGCUGCAUUUCUUCUUCUUGGCUGCCUUCUCCUGGAUGUGUCUGGAAGGCGUGCAGCUUUACCUGAUGCUGGUGGAGGUCUUUGAGAGCGAGUACUCCAGGAAGAAGUAUUACUACCUCUGCGGUUACUGCUUCCCGGCCCUGGUGGUGGGAAUCUCGGCCGCCAUAGACUACCGCAGCUACGGGACCAAGAAAGCAUGUUGGCUAAGAGUGGAUAACUAUUUCAUCUGGAGCUUCAUUGGCCCUGUCUCUUUCAUUAUCAUGCUCAACCUCGUUUUCCUCAUGAUCACCCUCCACAAGAUGAUCCGUAACUCCUCCGCCCUCAAACCAGACUCCAGCCGCCUGGACAACAUCAAGUCUUGGGCUCUGGGGGCGAUUGCUCUGCUCUUUCUAUUGGGUCUAACCUGGGCCUUUGGUCUUCUCUUCAUUAAUGAGAACACGGUCAUCAUGGCUUACCUGUUCACCACCUUCAAUGCCUUUCAGGGCAUGUUCAUCUUUAUUUUCCACUGCGCCCUGCAGAAAAAGGUUCAUAAGGAGUACAGUAAGUGUCUGCGUCACUCUUACUGCUGUAGCCGUACCUCCACCACUAGCUCUCAUGGCUCUCUGAAAAACUCAGCCUUGAGAACCAACAACCGUUACUACACAGGCAGCCAAGCCCGUCACGCUGCUGUCCACCGACAGAGUCGAAUCCGUCGCAUGUGGAACGACACCGUACGAAAGCAGACAGAAUCAUCCUUCAUGGCUGGAGAUAUGAACAGCACUCCCACUCUAAACCGCGCCACCAUGGGAAAUCAUCUCCUGACCAAUCCGGUGUUGCAGACACGCACUGGCACCUCCCCUUACAACACCUUAUUGGCUGAGAGUUUUACCCCGCCCUCUCCGGGGGUCUUCAACUCAACUGGGACCUUCCGGGAUCCAAAGGGCACUCUGUCCAAGGCACGGGAUCAAUGUGGAAUGGAGACACUGCCACUGAACGGAAACUUCAACAAUAGCUAUUCUCUACGCGGUAUGGGAGAGGCUGGUGGCACUGGGGGCAGCUGCGAUUUCCUGGGGGGUGGAGUCGGGGGCGGAGACAGUCCGCCACCCCUGCUGAACCCGCGAGGCUCUGAGACCCUGGGCGGGAUCCGACGGAACCUGUCGGACGCAGCGGCCUUCGAGAAGAUGAUCAUCUCCGAAUUAGUACACAACAACUUGCGAGGCGGAGGAGCCGGGGGCGGGGACAGAGUCUGCGGAAGCUUGGCCAGAGGCCGCGCCCACAUAGGAGGAGGUCGUGGGGGCGGGGCCGAGCCAGCAAUGAGCAUGGAGGAAGAGGAGGAUUUCCUGGGGAGGGAGGCGCGUCAGCGUACGCCGCAGGACGUGGAGCUGCUCUAUAAGGCACUGGAGGAGCCGCUGUUGCUCCAGCGCGCGCAAUCCGUGCUCUACCAGAGCGACCCGGAGGAGUCCGAGAGCUACACGGCCGACCUGACCGAAAGCCUGGGCCACAGCGGGCACAGCGCGGCCGAACAGGGCCACAGCGGAGCGCCCGACUCCCCCGCCCGGGACUCCCUCUACACCAGCAUCACCAACCUGCGAGACUCGCCCUACCCCGACAGCAGCCCCGAGCCGCUGGAAGUGGUCCCGCGUUCCGCUCAACCCCCAGAGGAGCUCUAUUACAGCUCCGGCCGACCGGCCCUGGGCUCCCGCGGCGGGCCCAUGCAGACCUUCUAUCAGGCCCCGCCCAGGAGGCCCAGCGGCGACGCCCAUCAGGCCCAGGAGCCGGCCCACACUGAGGGAGACGGACAGAUGCAGCUGGUGACAAGUCUGUGACUAUGAGGAGGAGGAGGAGGAGAAUGAUGAUAUGGAGCACUGUAACAGGCAUGGGUGAUGUGAUUGUGGUUAUGAUUAUGAUUAUGAUAUUGAUGAUGAUGAUGAUGAUGAUUAUGAUGAUGAUGAUGAUGGCUGCCACUUCUCCAUCCCCUUAUAACUUACUGUCUAACACUUCCCUCAUGUUUUGCUGCCUUUUUUAAAAUUAUUUGUCGGAUUUUUUUUUUUUUUUAAUGCAAGAGAUUAGGGAAAAAAAAGGAUACGCAUAGAAUCAGUUCUUUUUUUUUUUCCAUCGCUCUGUAUCCAUGGCAGCAGGCCAGUCAGUUUUCUGUUCGUCCUCUGUGACUGAGCAACUUUUCUUUUCAACGCCAUCUUCUCUCCCCUCCUUACCCU